AUGGCUGCCGUUGGAGACUCCAAAGGGGUCAUCGGCAAGACUGAGUCUGAGGACCGUCGUUUUGACAGCGGUGAUGAGACCGCCAAUUCGUCAAUCGAGCAUCCUUUCUCGGAUCCAGAGGUUGCGGAUCGUUGGAGGAAGGUGUAUGAGAAUGCUCAAUAUGAGAAUCGACAUCGGUUCGAUCCAAGCUUCACUUGGACUGCUCAGGAAGAGAAGAAGCUGGUUAGAAAGAUCGACUUCCGCAUUUGUCUCUGGGCCUGGGUCAUGUUCCUCUCCCUAGACUUCCACCGACGAAACAUCAACCGUGCUAUUUCCGACAACAUGUUGCCCGAAGUAGGCAUGAACACUAAUGAUUUCAACUACGGCCAAACUAUCUUUCUCGUGUCCUUCCUCUCAGCUGAGCUUCCCAGUGGCUUGAUUAGCAAGAAACUUGGUGCUGAUAGAUGGAUUCCCUUUCUCAUCUGCAGUUGGUCACUUGUUGCGGGCUCACAGGCUGCGCUGCAUAGCAGGGGUGCUUAUUUUGCUAUCAAGGCACUCUUGGGUCUUUUGAUGGGUGGAUUUAUUCCUGAUAUUGUUCUUUGGCUCACUUACUUCUACAAGUCCAAUGAGCUACCCAUCAGACUAGCUUUCUUCUGGACUGCCCUGAGCACCAGUAACAUUUUGGGGUCUCUUCUUGCCGCUGGUAUCCUUCAGAUGAGAGGCGUUCUCGGCUGGGGCGGUUGGCGAUGGCUAUUCCUCCUUGAAGCCAUUGGCACUUUCAUCAUUGGCCUCUUCUCUUGGGUUCUCAUGCCUCCUGGUCCCUGUCAGACCAAGAGUUGGUUCCGUGGCAAGAAUGGCUGGUUCAAUGAACGUGAGGAGUACAUCAUGGUGAAUCGUCUUCUUCGCGAUGAUCCUAGCAAGGGUGAUAUGAACAACAGAGAGGCCGUCAACCUUCCCAAGCUCUGGAAAGCCGUCAAGGACUGGGAGCAGUGGCCGCUCUACAUCAUCGGUCUCAUGGUGUACAUCCCUCCGGCGCCCUUCAACACAUAUCUCUCUUUCAUCCUGCGUCAAAUUGGCUUUUCUGUCUUCGAAGCCAAUCUUCUCGCUAUUCCCUCACAAUUUCUCUACGCUGUCAACUUACUCAUCAUCACCUGGCUCUCUGAGCGUGUCCAAGAACGAGGCAUGCUGUCGUCCCUCUCCAACAUUUGGAUCUUCCCAUGGGUUCUUGCCCUCGUCGUUCUUCCUGGCGACAUAUCCCCCUGGGUUCGAUACGCUCUCAUCACAGGUCUUUUGAGUUACCCCUACUGCCAUGCUAUUCUCGUCGGUUGGAACGCCAAGAACAGUAAUAGUGUACGCACGAGAGCUAUUAGUGCUGCUUUGUACAAUAUGUUCGUGCAGACUGGUAACAUUGCUGCAUCCAACAUCUUCCGUGAAGACGAUCAGCCUCUGUACAGGCGAGGCAACAGGGUCAUCCUUGGCAUCACGUCUGCCAACAUUGUCUUGUUUUAUAUCGUCAAGGCGUUCUAUAUCUGGAGGAACAAGGUCCGCGAUGCGAGAUGGAAUGCUUUGACAAAGGAGCAGCAGCAGGACUACAUUCUGAAUACAGCGGAUGAGGGCCAGCAGCGUUUGGACUUUAGAUUUGCUCACUAG